AGGGCAGACAGCAGACAGGGACUGAGAGAGUGGGAGAAAGGGAGAGUUACAGUGAGUAUACGAAUGUACUUUGCAUGGGCCAGGCUUGAUGGAAUUGCACACUGGUUAGCUUAGUCAUUUUUCACUGUUGUCUGCCACAGCUGCUACAGUGCAGUUUAUAUCUGCCUAAGGAAAGCACCAGUAGUUAGUUGAAUUGUGUACUGCAGUAGAAGAAGAAGCACACUGUUCUCACUCAUUUAAUGACAAAUUGGUAAUAAGCUUCAAUGUAUCUAAGAUUGUCUAGUCAUGGAUCCCUUUGAAGAUACUUUUUAUUAGAGCAUUCUUGUGCAUCAUGGUUCAACAAAAAGACUCUAUAGCCAUGGACAGAGAUUUAACCCAAGAUAUGUUUGAGGGAAUGGGAUCAGAAGAUGCUGAUGAUGGUUUUAGGCACAACCCAUCCGACAAAGACUCCAAUUGGUGCAAAACUACUACUGGGCACAUCAAGAGACCCAUGAAUGCAUUUAUGGUCUGGUCUCAAAUUGAGAGACGGAAGAUAAUGGAGCAAUGGCCUGACAUGCACAAUGCGGAGAUCUCCAAGCGCCUUGGAAAAUGCUGGAAACUUCUUCCAGAUUAUGAGAAGAUACCCUUCAUCAAGGAAGCAGAGAGGCUACGCCUAAAACAUAUGGCUGACUACCCUGACUAUAAGUAUCGUCCCAGGAAAAAAAGUAAGUUCUCAGUGACUGCAAAAGAAAAACUCAAGCUGAAAGCCAGCAAGUUUAAUUCAGCCCAAUCAGCCAGUUUAACCAGUAAAGGGUUUAAAGUUAAACCAAAUCUCACAAAACAAAACCUAAAUUGCAUUGGCAAUACAUUUAAAAGUUAUAAUAAGUGCAUAAGUGAUGAUACAGUAGGUAUAAACAUGGCAAGUCCAGUAACUGUGCAAGAUGAUCAGGCCCAGACAACUCUUGUUUUCCACCUGCAGCCUGCCAUUCCAACCAAGAACCAGCAACCUAGACUAUCUCAGGUCAGAGUCAAAGUGCCCAGCAGCCACAAAAGUUUCUCCUCUGAAACUGGAUCUCAGGUACUCAGGAAAGUUCUGGUGUCUGAUUUGCAAGAAUCCAACUCGGCAAGGUCAUCCACACCAACCUCCACCAGCUCUUCCUCCUUUGUGUCACCUGUUUCAUCAGAUGAGGAACUGGAAGAGGAAAUCCUGCAUAUCAUAUCUAAUACCAGCUUUGAAAACAUGCCUAUGGACUGUUCCACUCUGGAUAAGGACUUUGAAGCAUUUCAAGCUAACUCAGGGUCUCACUUCGAAUUCCCAGACUACUGCACUCCAGAGGUGAAUGAAAUGAUUUCUGGGGACUUACUAGUACCAAGUAUCUCUGACCUGGUGUUUACCUAUUAAGUUUGAAACCCACUUGUUUACAGACAUAUUUGCCAGUGGUAAAAAUGUCUGGUUAAAUUAGUGAACAUGUUAUAUCUAUGUUUCUGUCUUUGGACAGUUUUUCUAUUAAUUUGUUUCUUUAUUGAUUCCGUAAGUGCUUUUCAUUUUUUUUCCCCAAACAUGACAUAUCUUAAUGGCUAAGGAAAAACAACAACAAUGAGCUCUUAAGUAUUCAGGCACUUUAGGCUCAGUUUGAGAGAAAAGACAGAUAUUCAUCACAGACAGCAUCACAGCAGGUUGAGAAAAGGUCAAAAGCAGCAAAGGUGUAAUUCUUUGCAACAGGGUACAAAAAGUGCUAAUACCAAAUCUGAAAUAUUCCAGGGAUCUGUACACACGUACACAUUUUAAUGUCACUGGAGGGCAUGACUUCACAACCAGUGCAAGCUUUUAAAAUAGGUAUUUAUAAACACAUAGCACUCUAAAUUAAAUAAAAUUAUCAUACGUGCAUUGAUAGGAAACUAUGUUGAGUAAAAAUCAUUUGGUAUGAAGCAAAUCUGUAAAGCUUACACCAACAUAGAGUGAAUUGCAAAAAUCACUGCAUAAAAAUAGAGGUGUCUGUCAGAACAAUCAUUUUCUUUUAAUUAAUUAAACAGCAAGACUUUUAGAGCCUCACUAAUGCUGCAGAACUUUUGCAAUGCUAAUUCAAAUACUUAUCUCUACACUGUCUAUGUGUGUCAUUGUGUGCCUAGUCAUGAAAGAUACUUAGAGGAGUUCAGGGAUCUGGCAAGGGGGCUGUGUCUUUCUUUCUUAGAGCUGUGCAUCUGGCCAUGCAGGCAGCAGUUAUUGUGCAGAAGGUCAAAAAGGGGAAGGGUGUGGGUUUGUUAUGAUGGUGGGGAGGGGACCAAGCCUGAGUCUGUAAAUGCAUGUGAUGUCUGCAGUGUGGAUGCAGCUGCCUUGAUCAGGGUUUAUAAAAUUGUGUCUGCCACCUGGCCCCAUUGACUCUCUCAGGGAUCAUUUGUCUAGGUCCUAGUGCAUCCUUUGAGUAAUUAAUCUAUGAUCCUUGUGUAUGAGUGUGUAAAAGACUGUGUGUGAAAGUUUUUUCUUUUGUCUGCUACUCUCUUUCAAAGGAGCCAACUGGGGUGACUGACUGCACUGUUUUUUUUGCUGUUUUUUUAAAUGAGAUUCUCAACUAACACUCAUGCCCUUAUUAAUUUAAGCAUGGGGCUAUUUUACUCUCAAAAUUACCUAUUCCAUUAGCUGUUGCAUAGAUACAGCAGAUAGAUUUGAGCUUACAUGGAUAAGACCUGUCAGUGCCUGCCACCGCUGCAUAGAUGCAUGGAUAUGUAAUGCAGCAGCAAUUAACAGGGGUGACUCAAUAAAAUUAGUUCUUUUUAGAUAAUUCUCGUUUGCUCAGGCUACAUAAUAUCAGUUUGUAACCUCCAUAAUAACAACCUGCAAGUCCACUAGUCAUGUUUUUUUAUUUUACUAGAAACAGCCUUGCCUGUUGUAAAUGUAGCUGCUACAUUUUCAUAAGUUUUACAGGUAAAUUUUUCACAGAUGGUCAUUGAUCAAAGGUUAUAUGAUAUAUAAACUGUAUCUA